GAGAAAAGUCUAAGCCAGAGGCAGGGAGCCACCUGUUCUGCUGCAUCAAUCGCACGCGAAUGCAAUUAAAAAAAACCCGAACGUAACAAUCCUCUGGCUCUGGUCAACAUCAUCUCCCUAUAAAUAUGGACUCGUCUUAGUUGCCGUCUUCAAACUUUUCUCUCUCCUCUGCGAUUUGAAUGGGCUCCAUCUCUGCUUGUUCUUCUCCUCCUGCUGCUUCCUCUGCUUCUUCUUCGUCUUCGUCUUCUUCUUCUUCUUCUUCUUCUUCUUCUUCUUUAAUCCAUUCGCUGAAGCCUCUUUGCUUGGACUCUUCCAAUUCGUGUUCUUCCGCUGCCAGCUUCGUCAGUUUUCCCUCUGGUUCCAAUUCGAAGGUCGGUUCUUCUCGGAGCACCGACGGAAUGUCCAGCAAUUACCAGCCGAAGAUCGUCACUGGCGACGGAGGGUACAUUCUCGAAGACGUUCCUCACUUUUCCGAUUACAUUUCCGGUCUUCCCACUUAUCCCAAUCCUUUGCAAGACAACGCUGCAUACUCAGUUGUUAAGCAGUAUUUUGUUGAUGAAGAGGACACUGUUGCCCAAAAGAUUAUUGUUCACAAGAAUACUCCAAGAGGAACACAUUUUCGUCGCGCUGGACCCCGUCAAAAGGUGUAUUUUGAUUCAGAUGAAGUUCAUGCUUGUAUAGUGACAUGUGGGGGUCUAUGCCCUGGACUCAACACAGUUAUCAGGGAAAUAGUAUGUGGAUUGUACCAUAUGUAUGGCGUAAAGAAAGUUAUCGGUAUAGAUGGAGGAUACAAAGGUUUCUAUUCUCGAAAUACAGUUACAUUAACACCCAAGGUUGUCAAUGAUAUCCAUAAACGUGGUGGAACUAUCCUUGGGACAUCACGAGGUGGCCAUGACAAACCAAAGAUAGUUGACAGCAUUCAGGAUCGCGGAAUAAAUCAGGUUUACAUAAUUGGGGGAGAUGGUACACAAAAAGGUGCAUCAGUAAUUUUUGAGGAAAUUAAAAGGCGUGGUCUCAAAGUUGCAGUUGCCGGAAUUCCCAAAACAAUUGAUAAUGACAUUCCGGUUAUUGACAAGUCUUUUGGAUUUGACACUGCUGUUGAGGAGGCUCAACGUGCUAUCAAUGCAGCUCAUGUUGAAGCCGAAAGCAUCGAGAAUGGCAUUGGUCUUGUAAAGUUAAUGGGUCGUCACUGUGGGUUUAUUGCAAUGCAUGCCACUCUUGCAAGCCGAGAUGUGGAUUGUUGCUUGAUUCCAGAGUCGCCCUUUUAUCUUGAAGGACAGGGUGGGCUUUUAGAAUACAUAGAGAAGCGACUCAAAGAAAAUGGUCAUAUGGUUAUUGUGAUAGCUGAAGGCGCAGGGCAGGAACUUCUUUCAGAGAGUGCGCAAGCUAACCAAAUGGAUGCAUCGGGAAACAAGGUUCUCAAAGAUGUUGGGCUGUGGAUAUCUCAGAGAAUUAAGGAUCAUUUCUCAAAACAGAAGAAAAUGACCAUAAAUCUCAAAUAUAUAGAUCCUACCUACAUGAUCCGUGCUAUUCCAAGCAAUGCAUCUGACAGUGUGUACUGCACACUUCUUGCCCAAAGUGCUGUUCAUGGAGCAAUGGCUGGGUAUACAGGUUUUACAAUUGGGAUUGUCAAUGGAAGACAUUCUUACAUACCCUUCCAUCGAGUCACGGAGAGGCAGAACAAAGUUGUAAUAACCGAUAGAAUGUGGGCGAGGCUCCUGUCGUCGACCAAUCAGCCAAGUUUUUUGAGACCCCAGGAUGUCAUUGAGGUGAAGAAAGAGGAAGAGCCACCAACUCAGUUGUUGGAUGGGAAGAACUGCACAAAUAAAAAGUAAACAGCUGAAUGAAGAUGUCAGAAAAGCCAAGAUUGGUUUUGUAGUACUCUCUGCUGCUCUGCAUAUGCUCCUCUCUUGUUGUUUGUGUAUAGCCCUGUGUCCUAUAUAUGUUUGCUGCCAAUUCCAGUUCUUCCCAAACACACUUUCUCUGUUGUUCUCUUUGAUAGCAUUUUUGCGGUUAUUUAUGUAUACUUAAUGUUGAGAUGAGAGUUUAAGAGGAAACUUUGAGCCAGUUUAUUGGGAUUCGUGUAUACUGGGAACUCUGUUACUGUUUCUGAUAGUAUAAAAUGAAAGCUUUAAAUUCAAUCA